AACCUUACCCCUCCCUAAAUUUCAAAAGCACAGUGCUGCCCCCAACGUCAACUACGUCAAGAACGCCUCUGCAAUCGUUCAUUUCGUGCAACGAGUUGGUGACGGCUCGUCUUGGCCACGAUGGUCAACGGUAGGAUCCCCACUGUCUGUUCUAAGACUUACGUUACCCCGAGACGUCCCUAUGAAAAGGCACGUUUGGACCAAGAAUUGAAGAUCAUUGGUGAAUAUGGUCUGAGAAACAAGCGUGAAGUAUGGCGCGUGAAAUACACGUUGGCCAAGAUCCGUAAAGCUGCUCGGGAGUUGCUUACUCUGGAAGAGAAGGAUCCCAAAAGAUUGUUUGAAGGUAACGCGUUGUUGCGUCGUUUGGUCCGAAUCGGCGUCUUGGACGAGAACAGAAUGAAGCUCGAUUACGUUUUGGGUCUCAAGAUUGAAGAUUUCUUGGAAAGGCGUCUCCAAACCCAGGUUUUCAAACUGGGUCUGGCCAAAUCAAUCCAUCACGCUCGAGUAUUGAUCAGACAAAGACAUAUCCGGGUCCGCAAGCAGGUGGUAAACAUUCCAUCGUUCAUUGUGAGAUUGGACUCGCAAAAACACAUUGACUUCUCGCUGAAAUCACCCUUCGGUGGUGGCCGUCCUGGACGCGUCAAGAGGAAGAACCUCCGCAAAGGAACAGGCGGCGGUGGAGGAGGCGAAGAAGAAGAAGAUUAAACUCCACACUUUGUUUAUUUGAAAAAAUAAAUAUUUACAACACCAA